UUAGAACACGUUAUCUUUGCAUUUUUACAUAUAAAUAGUCUGGCAGGAAGCAAGAAGAGAAAAAUCAAGAGAUACGUUUUAUCAUGCGGAUAUAAAAGUUGUAUUUUCAGCUUCGUGUUGUUCAAUCUCGCGCAACAUUGAUGUCGAAUUUGAUAACAAGACAAACUAAAUGUAACUUGGUUCCCACUAAACGCAUUCAUAUUUCAGAUUGCCGUGCAAUCAGUAAGAAAUGAGGUAUUAUCAUCGCAUUCGCGGAAAGAUCCACGUCAGGCGUGAAAUAUUCGCGCAGCAAUUUCCUUCUAUGUCUCGCAAAGUGGACGGUGUGCGGCCGAGAUUUAAAACCGCACGUCACCGCUGCAUCUUCCGGCCGCUAUAAAUAAACGAGGAAGAAAUUUCAUUUUAUGCUCAUUAUCUAACGACACGCAGCAUUGCGAGCAAUUCUAGUCUACUUACGUUCUACGUGUCGUACGGUAAUCAUGAAAUUUCUUGCAACAGUGUGUGCUUUAAUGACUAUAUGUGUUUGCAUCACCAAUGGUAUGCUGUAUGAUGAUGAAUUACGUCCACACGAGGGAGUGGCGAUAGAAUGUGCAGGGAGACGUAUGCAAUUGAAUCAUCAGAUGAAAGAGGUAAUGUGCGUGCCAAGGCACACUAUGAUCAAAUUAAUACCGCAACCGGGUUACACCUUUUACCCGAAUUACGCCUCGGUGAAGAGAUGCAGCGGCUUCUGUCCGAGGAAUAAGUCGUGCAUGCCAGUCCGUAAAGAUACCAAAAAAAUCGCCGUGAGAAUGGAUGGCUAUGACUCGAGCGGGUGUUAUCACGUGUUGCUCGAAGAGCAUACCAAGUGCAAAUGCCAAUGCAGCGUGAAGGAAAGUGACUGCAAUGUCCACCAGAUAUAUUCGGAAGACAACUGCGCGUGCGAAUGCAAGAAUACAAGAGAGUGCGAUAAAGCGCGCCAGAUGAUCUGGAAUGAAAAAUUGUGCAAGUGCACUUGCAACAAGGAGGAGGAAAUAUGCUCGAGGUCUCUAAUUUAACGUUGCUGGAUAUUUUUAUACUUUUCGAUGACAUGCAUUUUUUUUUAUGACGACGCAUACAGAUGAAGGUAAAGAAACAAAGACUAAAUAUCUUUAUAGUUGUAUAGAUUUCUUCGUAACAUAACAAAUAUGGACUAACAUGAGCAGCAAAGUUUCUGGCGUAAUCCUUAUACGUAUUAUAUAUCACUCUGCAGGGAAACGAAGACAAUAUCCUUGAGAUUACGGUAUUCGAUCAGGUUUUUAUAUACGUGGAUAUUAUUUUGUAAUUAGGAUUCGGAAGGUAAGAUGUAGACCAAAGAAUACCACGGGGAUUCUUUAGUAUAACUUGACGGUUACGUUUUAUUGCAGAGAGAGAGUUACAAAAGACUGCUAGAGAGGUGAGUGUGUUCCACAAAGCACACAGUUUCGUUCAACGGAAAAAGAAGUAAAAAAAAAGAAAUAAAAAGAUACUAAAGUAUUCAUACAUAA